AUGUCGUCCUCCACUCCAACACAAUCCGCCACUGAUUCUUCCACCACACCACCGCUGAGGCUCCGAUACAUCGAUGCAUCAACCGCACAAAAGAUCGACGAAGAGCUCAUGUCCGCCACCGGUGGGUUCUCCAUCGAUCAACUCAUGGAGCUCGCCGGUCUCUCCUGUGCACAAGCCGUGUUUGAGUGUUAUCCACCCACCAAAUACCCCAACGUUCUCGUCGCAUGCGGUCCGGGAAACCAAGGUGGUGAUGGUCUCGUAGCAGCGCGCCAUCUCUACCACUUUGGCUACGAACCGCUCGUCUGGUACCCCAAACAGGGCAAAACGGAGCUCUUCGCGAGACUCAAAGUCCAACUUCAGAAUCUCGGCCUUCGCUUUGUUCCGCAGGACGACUUCGAGGAUGCCCUCGAGGAAGCCGACGUCGUACUCGACAGCGUCUUCGGCUUCUCCUUCAAAGGCGAGGUACGAGAACCGUUCAAAGGACCGCUGGAAAACCUCAAGUACGAAUCAAGGAUCGAGUUCGAAGCGAGGAAGAAGAUGCCUCCCAUCGUAUCCGUAGACAUCCCCAGUUCGUGGGACGUCGAAAAGGGAAACGUCAACAACACUUUUACGCCGAGCGUACUGAUCAGCCUCUCGGCACCAAAGUUGGGCGCGUUGGGCUUCGCAGGGAGACACUUUUUGGGCGGCAGAUUCUUGAGCGAGGAUCUCGAGGCAAAGUUUGAUCUGCAGUUGCCGGAUUACCCGGGCACGGAACAGGUGGUCGAGAUUACAGGUGCGAAACCGUUGGAGAGUCAAGAGGCGUGA